AUGUGGGACGACGAGGACAACAAUCCGUAUGGAUCUUUUGCCCGCCAUGAUUCCAACAUAUCCGAUGGUCCUGGUCUAGCAUCGCCUGCUGCCCUUCCCUACCGUCCCGCGACCCCGCCCUCGGACGCCUCCUCCCCCGCACUUGAAUCCCCCAAGUACAUCUCCCAGCGAGACAUGAGCGAUGUGGACUACGGUGAGGAUCGCGACGAGGCUGGAGAGGCCCCUACAGCUAGAAAAGGUGGCUACGACGCCCGAGUGGAGCAAUGGCUGCAUGAGAACCCUGGGCAGCUUGUGCUGAUCACCAGCGCGGGCAAGGACGGGGUCAACUACAUUCAGUAUACGAUAAAUUGUGGCGGCCUAGAAGUCAAGCGCAGAUAUUCCGAAUUUGCCUCGUUGCGCGCAUCGCUGGUUAACCUUCACCCUACCUUGAUCAUCCCUCCGAUACCCGAGAAGCACACCAUGGCAGACUAUGCUGCAAAGCCAACCAAGGCGAAGGAAGAUGCUGGCAUAAUAGAGUUGAGGAAGCGCAUGCUGGCAAUGUUCCUGAAUCGCUGUCGAAAGAUGAACCAAGUUUUGGAGGACGGCGUCUUUUGGAGGUUUCUGGAUCCAUAUACAAGUUGGAAUGAUGUGCUCAAUAGCCCUCCAGUGUCGAACAUCCCCAAGCAGAUUCUCAAGGCGCCCCCACUUGAUACCGCAAAUCCAACCCAGGCGCAUAGCUAUCUCCCAGUACCAUCCUCGUCAGCCAAAUUGAAGACCGUCGGGCCUACCUCAAGUUCGGGCACGCCCGCCUCUCCAGCGAACAAUGCAGCUAUGCCGUCAGCUGCUGCGCAUACAACGCCGGGACCACAGAUAUUCGGUCGCUUCCCACCAGAGACACGGGCCAUGUCGGAAGAGGAGCUCGAUCCUUACUUUGUGCAUUUUGAGACUUCGUCCAAGGAACUGGAGACCCUGUUACAAGGUCCCAUGGAAAAGGUCAACAGGCGGCUACUGAUGCAUCUUGGAAACUGGGGAGAAGAUAUGGCUGACCUCGGCGCACGAUUUAAUGCAUUUUCGCUUUCCGAACAGACACAAAGCCUUGCUUCUGCCAUAGAGAAGAUUGGCCAGGCAGUAGACUCGACAUAUAUUGCAACAACCGAACUAUCAUCAUCACUAAGCGCAAGCUUUGCUGAGCCCAUGCGCGAAAGCGCGCAGUUCGCUGGUGUCGUCCGCGCCGUCCUCAGAUACCGAGUCCUCAAACGAAUACAGGAGGAAAUGACUAAGGAUGAAUUGGAAAAGAAGCGCAACCUGCUCGAGUCACUGGAACGCAGCGAGGCGGAAGCGAAGCGUUUGGAGCAACACUUGAGUGGCGCGGGCCACGUACUACCCAACAAUCGAAGUAGAGCGGCGUCGGCCAGUUCGCAACGAAGCAGUAGCAAUCCCGAGCAGCGGAGACCAGAGGACGACCGGGCAUCAAUUGACUCCGACUUUCCCCCCACCCAUGGAGAUGUGCCAUCCAGCGCACAAGGUGUUCCUGAGAAAGUCAAUUCACCGCCAGAUAACGCACACAGAAAGUCACCAAGUGGCAAUUUCGUAACGAACAAGCUGUUUGGAUCCAUCACACAUGCAUUCAGAGGCAUGGCAGAUGUGGAUCCGGAGAAAACAAGGCGGGAUCAGAUUGGCAAGACACGCGACAGUCUAGUACAGCUUGAACAAGCAUUAGGAGUUGCAGAAAAGGAUACAAAAGACGCGAGCUCAGGCGUUUUGACAGAUCUUAAAAGGUUCCAGGCAGAGAAAGAAGACGAUCUGCGGCGAUACAUGAUGGAGUUUGCGCAAUGUCAUAUCGAUUGGGCCAAGCGAAACAAGGCCGCAUGGGAAGAGGCGAAAGCAGAAGUGAACAAUAUCACGAUUCAGGCGGAAGAGUAUCAGAGAAGUGCGGAAGAGCUGUAA